GUAGGGUUGUCCUUGGAAAACUCUUACAUUCAUUAGCAAUGGAGAUUGAAGUUCGCAUGGUACUUUAUGAAGAUGAUUCAGUAGAAGUACACUAUAUUGAUGGCUCCAAAUUACAGCUUUCUCCAUGUGGUUCUGAAUUCCUAUUUGAAAAGGCACCUCCUAUUUCAGCACAUCCUUUGCAGCAACCAGAAAGAAUUCGUCAAAGGACCGAAUUUGUUAUUAGUAAUUACAGAGAGCAAUUACUACAGGCCCUAGAUUUUAGAAAUUGCUUUUCCAGUCGACCUUUUUUACCUGAAAGCAUCAUACCUUCUGAAAGAAAACAGUCUGUUUUCACUGAUAUCUCAGAAGUCAGGUGGCCUAGUCGUGAUAUGCAAGAUGCAGUGAUUUGUAUGGAUGAUGGCACUGUGAAGAUUUCAUCUUUAGAUGGUCAUGCUUAUCUUUGCCUACCAAAACAGCAACAUGAAUUUACUAUACAUUUUUUAUGCAGAAUCAGCCAGAGGUCUCACUCACUAAUGGUACUAUCAGAAAAAAAGAAUAACAGUUUAAAGAAAGUGGAUAAACAGUGUGAAAAAGCAAGCAAAAACUGUAUGUUUCGAAAAACUUCUGAUGGACAAAGCUUGACAAAUAAGGAAAAUGAUUCAUACUGCCAAAUCAUCAAAUCCAAGGAAUUAUUAGGGGCAAAUAAUUUUAUAAAUGGAUCCAGAGGGAAAGAGAUGGCAUCUUUAUCUCACAAGAAAUACACCUUUGUGUACACAUGGGUGAAACAGCGCUGGUGUGUGGAUUCCUGUCCAGAAGAAUGGAAAUACCCCUUAUCAUUGGCACUUGACUUCCUUCAUAAAUUUAAUAAAAUAUCAAAAACUGACCAGAAUGUUAAACAUAUCAUGGUUUUAGCAUCUGAUAUUUCAAAGGAAGGUGAAGAGGUUUCUGUUCUUCCCAGAGCUCUUCCCCUCAGCUGUCAUAAUCCACAUCUGCACAGGUGGAAUUUCUCUAAUUCAUCUUUACAGGAACAAGAAUAUACCUAUCCUGAACUAGUAAAAGUAGUAUGGUACAAAGGUAUAGUAUUUAGACUUACUCAUGAAACUAUAAACUCAAUAGAAAUUUUUCCGGGUGAUGGAUCCAUUCUCAAAUCAGAAGGACCUUUUUGGGGGAAUUAUUUCACAUUCUCUUCAGUACACAAAGAAUCAGAACAAAAAGAAGAGAAAAUGUAUUCAGUAAGAAACCUUCCUCCGGAUAGACCAGGAAGUCCAUAUUCUGUGUGUUACCUUAUUACACAGGCUACCAGAAUUCUUCAACAUUGUAUCAAAGUUAGACUUUCUUUAAGCCAUAACUAUAAUAUAUGCUGCUGGAAAAUGGUUUCUGGAUCAAAUAAAGGGAAUAUACCAGUGCUUUUGAGGGAAACACUCAUUCCCAUGAUAGGAAGUUUUUUUGUGUACUCUGAUAAUAAAGUAUUUGCUAUCUUUUUGGAUGGUAUUUCCCUAACCCUGAUUUGGAACUUCAGAACUUUCUUCAAAAAGAGACAGAUAAAUCAAGGUGUCACCUUGGGUUGGUGUAAAUUAACUCUUCCCGAUGGACAAGAUCAGUUAAUUCAAAUUGAACAUCCGGGACAAUUUGAAAGGUAUGUGGCAACAGUAAUAGCUUGGUGCAGGAGUCUGACUCAGACUAAUCCACAGGAAUUCUUCACAUAUCCUCCGUCAUCACCCAUUACUGAAGAAAACUGGUCUGUUGCUUCUGAACUUGAAAAAAUACAGAAAUUUAACUUUUUAUUGGAGAAUGAUAGCAUCCUAAGUCAGAUUUCUACUAAGAAAAAUGAGGAGUCUUCUGAUAUUUCCAAAUCAAGAUCUUCAGAAACCUGUAGCUUUUUUGAAGAAGUAAAUAAAAAGAGUGUAUCAGUAGCAUUGAAGAAAACCUCAGAAAUCCUUCAGGAUAUUGAAUCUCUUCUAGCCUAUUCCAAAAAGUAGAAAAUAAGUAAUUUUUUUUAAAGUAAAGGUUUUUUAACUACAUCAAAUUUUUGAAGUUGUAUUUUGUUGAUACAAAUGACUAUCCUCAAGAGAAUUGUCUGUACACAGGAUUAUUAAAAUUAAAUGGGAAAAUUUGCCCCUCUUGAGCUGGCAGUGCAAAUGUGGUGUGAAAAUUUUUUAGUUUAAUGUCAUUUUAUUUCACACUGCUUAUAAAUAUUUUUGUAGGAAUAUGCUACUUAUUGUAAGCUAAAUCUGAAAAUGCUUUUUUUAAAAGUAAUCAUGAACAUCCUGUUGUUUCAAGGAAUA